CUACAGUUUGUGUCAUGUUCCAUGAGAAUUUCUGAAGUUUGAAAUCAGCCUGCCACAACACAUCCAAGCUGUAAUGAGUAAAAUCAAGUAAGCAGAAGUGGCCGUUGAGAAAAAAAAAAAAAGUAGUAGCUAUGAAAUGCUAAUUUCUCAGAUAAUAUAUAAUUUAUUAUACAGUUAAUAAGGUAUCACUUAGCUGAUUUUUCUUCUCCCAUCAUAAAGCAGUGUUUAAUCAAAGUUCAGCUGUCCAUAUGCAUAGCUAUUAGCAUAUAUUAAUCAACUACAGUCGUUAUAAAAACGACAUUAUCAAAGAACGCGCCCGCGGGGCGGCAGGCAGGAGCCCGGCAGCCUGAGGCCGGGCCGGCCCCCGCCACGCCAACAUCCCACGGGGCGGUAGAAGAUGGCUGAAUACUUGAAAAAGCCUUUCAAAGACAGUCUGGAUGAUAUAAAAGAACGAAUGAAAGAAAAAAGAAAUCAGAAAUGGACAAGGUUGGGUAAAAUUAGCCAGAUCUCCACUGUAAAGUGCAAAAUAGCAACCAACAACUCCAAGCAAAUGAAGAGCAUCCAAGCAAACAACAAGGCUCUAGCUCAGGCUUUGCAAGAAGAAAAGCUCAAAGUGAAGGAUGCCCAGGCUACCAUCCUGCAUUUAAGGAAAGAAUAUCAAGAUCUGAAGGUUCAGAUGUUUGACUUGCAAAGAAAUCUUGGGCUCAAGCAAGCACAAGGACUCGUUGAGAAUCGACUGUUGGCCUUGAAUGAGAUAAUUUCAAAAGUUUCUCAGAAUUUACUGGACUCAAUUAAUCUCCUUGGCCCAGCAAAGAACCUGUGUUCCAUGGGUGUAAAUCAGAGCGUGCUUUCUUCAGUUCUUGAAAAUAGUUCCAGUGUCUUAGGACAAAUGUGUUCAGUAAGACAUCUACAGUGUGCUCAUAGAGAUGAUCAAGUACUUCCAAGUGGGAUGGAGGCUGAUAGUGACAGAAAUGAGCUGGCUCAGUCUCUGUCAGAUAUCUGUGAGGAAUCUGACAAUGCCAUUUCCUUAAUUGGAAUAGUUCCAGACAAAGGACAAACAUCUGAUUUUCAUCUGGACAACAUAGGGUCAGUGCUGGAAAAUGUUUCUUCAAGAGGAGAGGAUGGAUUUGGUAACGUGUUGCCAAAAAGCGUGUCUACCAGGCGUCGGUGUGCAAAGACGAGCGAUCGCCACCAUCUUUGCACUGGUGGCUUGGACCAUUCAGAAGCACCUGGCUCAACAAAGGAACUUUCUAAACAGGAUAAAAUUAGACUUGAGGAAAGUCUAGAGAAGUGUACUGUAGAAAACAUAAAUUCAGGUAUUUCUCAGUUGAAUGAAAACAAGGUAGGCCCAGAGCUGGUGUUGAGGCAGACAGAUUCUGAAACUGCACAGUUCAACUUAAACAAAAAUUCUGUUCUUAAACAACGCGAGUAUAAAAGUAGAGAAGAUUCUCAAUUGAGGAAAGAGAAGCAUCGGAAGGGAAAACUGGAACGGCCUAAAACUAAUUCCACGCAAAACCAAAAAAAAAGACAGGGUAAAGAGGCUUCCAAAGAAAAGUUGGAUUUCUUGGGUGGCUCCAGUGAUGCUUAUGACUUCAAUUUUGAAGAGAGUGUCCAUGUUACACCUUUUCGACAAAAUAAGGUGACUGACAGAGAUACUGGUGUGGAUGACAAAGACAACUUAUCUGAAACCAGUAACUCUGAGUCAAGUGAUAUUGAUGAAGAUACAGAUGAUAGCCUCUAUGAACCUUACAAGAGUAAACCAAAAAAAAGGAAAAGUUUAGCGGACCAGAUAGAUACCUCACCAGUCCAUGUAAGGCCAAGGUCUAAAAGAUGUCUGGCACAGCGUGAGCAGAAACCCAAUAAUCAAAAAGAAACUGAAAGCAACAAAUCGAGUGACAAAUCUAUCAGGCAGCCUUCUGAGCCACCUCGUGUUCAUCUUUGUGAUGUUACCAACACCACUUCAUUGCUCCCCAGCACUGGGAAUACAGCUGUUGUCCCAGAAAGUGAAGCACCACGAUCUCCAAAGCGCAAGCGAAGCUGUACUCUUACUGUGAGCUAUAAAGAACCAAGUAUUACAGGGAAACUCAGGAGAGGAGAUCCAUUUACAGAUACAAAUUUUCUGAAUUCUCCGAUUUUCAAGCAGAAGAAAAAUGCUAAGCACCGUUCUCUUAAGGAAGAAUCUCUGUCAAAAUACAACGAGAAAUUUGUUGGUUGUCGUUGAUAUUUCCAGUCAUGAUAGCAAAAUCCAGCUCGUUCCAUGAAGAAAGGAAAUCUUUCAUCCAGGAAAUUAUUGUUGUACAGUAUCUUAAACAAAUAUACGAUUGUUUCUGUGUUUCUAUUAAGGGGUUUUGGUUUUAACCCAGUGACUUGUUUUUAAUGAUACAGAAGACAAAAGACUACUUUCCUAGGUAAGGCAAUUCCAUUCCAAUCCUUGAGCAGAGGCAUCCCUGUAUUGUGGAUCUGUGAGUAUAUCGGAAACGGUGAAUGUGAUUUUAUGACUUACACCCUGCUUGAUCUCACAGUGGUAGGCAAAGGUGAAUUUCAGGCACUCAAGGUCAAUUGUUUUUGUGUUUUUUAAUAACAGUGUCUGUACAGAUCUUGUUUAUAUAGUGGUUGUAGUUUCAUAUUGAAGCUCAUUUUACACGGUUUUCAUAGUUGCUUCAAGGGAAGCAAGGUCAGCAUGCUGCAAGCCAGGGUACUCCUGCCGCAUCUUCUGUGGCAUAAGCAUUGUAUAGAAGCAAGAUUGCCAGUUGUAAUUUGAUUAUGUAGCUGGAGCUGUCAAAAGCAGCAAUUUAGGGUUGGUUGGUACUGCCAUGAAUGCAAGUUAUAAUCAAAUUUGCUUUGUUCCUAUCUGGGUAGCUGUGAAAGUUGGUGAAGAGCGCUCUGCUUUGGUGGAGUGUAAACUAAACUGCUAAUAUGGGACUUCAUAAUUUUAGCUCUGCCUUGCUGACUCAAUUUAUGAAACCAUUUGGUACCACAACAGGCAGUCUGCUAGGACACCACUGUUAUAAAUUGUCCAGCAAGACUUUAAGGUUGCAGAGCACUCAAACUAGCUUUUCUUCGCUUAAGAAAUAUUUAAGAGGCAUUAGCAGAUAUAUGAAUACAAAGAAGAAAGCUACAUUCAAAAUAAACAAUGGGAAAGUUCUUAAUUUGUCUUGAAAGAUUGCUCAUCUCACCUGUCUCACUUCAAUAGGUGUAAGAUCUCUCCCCUUCUGUAAUAAAAAUGUGUAGUGCUAAUUACUGUUUUACUGGUAACUUUUUACAUGACUUUCAACAGUAAUAAUAAAAGCUGCAGCUACUGACUGUUUGAAAAUAUUUGUUGACAACACAGCCUGUGGUUGUUGAACUCAAA